AUGCGACCAAAGUUACCUUUUCGAAAACCAAGGUCUCGUGCUAAAGCCGGACCGGCGUUUGUUUUUGUUGAUGCCACUGAUGGUGUUGCCGGUGGGCCACACGACGAGGAUACGAGAGUUCUUAUCAGAAGGCAAGCCGCACGGUCAGGUCGCAAACAGCUACGAGCGCAGAGCGCAAGUCAAAGACAUGAUAGUACGCUAGAAGAUUCGCAGGCAAUGGCGAUACAUGAUGUUGAACUUACGGACAAUAUUCUUGCAGAAUUAGACAACGAUGACAGGCUCAUCGAUCACUCUAUUGCCCCGCAGCCCUCGUUCACGGGCUACGAGGCGCUGAGGGCAACGUACAACUUUGACAUCACCUAUCUCGCGAGUUUCACGGAUGUAGACCUGGGGAAAACAGCUGCUCUCCGUCUACAGAGUCAACCAGGUCUCCUUUCGAACUUGCUCCAGCAACGAUCCACGUCCUUUCUCAGCUACCUCCCUAGUCGCUAUGGCUCGAGCCGCUGUCUCGAUGAUGCUAUACACUGCGUUGCUGCAAGAGCUGGCCAGAUGUUCGGUUAUACAGACGGGGCUGCGGCAAUACCGAGACUCUAUGGUAAAGCUCUGAAAAAUCUCCAGCAUGCGCUCAGCGACCCGAAAUCGUGUAUGGAGGUCGAUGUGUACUGCGCGACGCGGCUGUUGACACUUUACGAGUUCAUCAGCCCACCUGAAGAGAAUCAUUGGGUUCUCCAUAACCGGGGCGGGAUUAAACUGCUGGAGUUACGGGGCCCUGAGAACCACAAGACGAGGUUUGACUGGUUACUUCUCAAAAGUGUGGCGCCGUCAAUUCUCUUGGACGAAAUGUACAGAUUACGAAACUCGGGCAUAUUCGAAGCGUCAGAAUGGCAAAAUCUCUUUAAGCACGCAUCGGCUACUGAAUCAGACUGCGAUUCAAGUCUCUGGUGGGAGUUUUUCAGGCUGACCUGCCAUGUUACAGGUGUCGUAGCCAGUACGCGCGACGCAUUCACGUCGCCAAUGUCCGAGUCCGAGUACAUAUCGAGGACUUCGAAGAUCCUAGAGAGAGCAAGAUGGGUACGCCAAAUGCUUCACGACGGCCACGUCCGCUACCAAACAACAGAACCAUACCCGCCUUCUCUCUUCGAUCUUCCCUCCGUACCCGAAUCAUCCGACCGCAUCAGACUCCGUGGCUUCUAUUUCCACCCGUUUAUGCAGAUCUGCCGGGCCAUUACGACACUGUCGCCGGACGAGAUGGAGCGCGCAUCUGCGGAAGUCGAGGCGCAGACCUUGGCUACGCAGGCGCUGUUAAUUCAACAGGCGACUGUCGGGCUGGACCCGGCUAUGUCGUGGUACUUUGCACAGAAGAACCCCUUUGCACAUUCUGUGAUACGUACGAGGGAGGAGUGGAUUUCGCAUAGCGAACUGCCGUGGGAAGAGCUGCGUGGUGUGCUGGCGCAGCGGUGGUUGAAGUGGCAUUAUUCUUGGAGGGUCUCACAUCUUUCGGAGUCGUUGGAAGAUAAGUCCGGUUAA